AUGAAACUUAUAAUUCUCUUUUGCAUGGCCGCGUUGGCCUUUGCUGAAGAUAAAUACGAGUCUAUAAGCGAUAAUAUAAAUCUUGAUGAAGUUUUGACAAAUGAUAAACUUUUAACUUCGUAUUCUAAGUGUUUAAUUGAUAAAGGACCUUGCACUCCAGAAAUCAAACAUCUUAAAGAAAAAUUGCCAGAAGCUUUGGAGACUCGUUGUGCUAAAUGUACUGAUAAGCAAAAGCAAAUGGGAAAACAAUUGGUUAAAGAACUAAAAGACAAGCAUCCUGAAAUCUGGAAGGAACUUGUGUCUCACUACGAUCCAGAAGGAAAACAUCAACAAGCUUUUGAAGAUUUUAUUAAAUCU